GUCCUUUCGUUUCGCCCAACUUCAAGUCUUCCUUUCUGUAUUCUCUCACUACAACCGAAUCAGUUCUCGCAUUUCCAUUUUGAGUUUGAUUUCGAUUUCGAUAUUUUAACGACGCAAUGAAGAAAUUGAUGAGGAAAUUUUCCAAAGUUGCGGAUUCUUCACAGUAUUGCUUGUUGAGAUCCGAGACGAGGAGGACGGGGCGGUGCGCGGAAUCGUAUCGGAAGAGAGACGGAGGAGUUCCUGAAGGUCAUCUACCAGUGUACGUUGGAGAGGAGAUGGAGCGGUUCGUCGUGAGCGCGGAGUUGUUGAAUCAUCCUAUAUUCGUGACGCUGCUCAAUAAAUCGGCGCAGGAGUACGGAUACGAGCAAAAAGGAGUGUUGCGGAUCCCCUGCCACGUUUUCCUCUUCGAACGCGUGCUCGAGGCGCUGCGAGUCGGCGGCGAGGCGCGAGACCUGCAGGAAAUACUCAGCACUUUAUCCGAUGAGUUGUAACAGGCGAAGACGAGAAUAUAUAUAAUUAUUUAGGGCGAGGAAUACAAACAUGAUGGCGUUUAGCUCUUUGGUAUAAUUUUUCCUUUUUUUUGGAAAAUUUUCGUUUUCAUUUCUACUAUUUUAGCUUCUCUGCUGUAAAUACGUUGUGAUGCACAAAGUAGAGAAGUAUAAAAGCGUAGAGUUCUGAUGAAGGCGUUUUUUGCCUGAUGACGACGGUGAUGUAGAAUUUGCAGAGAUCGGAAAUUAAGGAUUACAGUAUUUUAAAUCUA